GUGAUCAUUUAUAAGCAUCGUGGCAUCGAAAAAAUUUAAUAUAUCUUAGUCUUAAAUCUCGUUUCAGUCGCUGGAUAAUAACACUUUUGCAACAAAUUAUGAAAUGAUCGUCGGUAUCGCGGAGUCUCGGGUCAAGUAUCAGGAAUUUCUGCGAAAAGAUAGCGGAUCUUUUUUCCGAAUUAAGAGAUCGCCACCGCUUCUUCAAACUUGGCGUCAGGUGCAGGGCGCGCGCGUUGAGCACCGCUGCGAGUAAAACGCAGGUAAUAUACCUGCCCGAGGCUACGGGUCCGUCCCCACCUGGGGUCCGGUUCUCUCUCCUUGCUCUCUCGGCCGGCUCUCGGCUGGCUUUCCUUCGAGGCGAAUCGAGCCGUUAGUGUCGUUGCCGUUGCGAGAGGAAUGGUGAUGUGAUGUGCAUCGCGGCGGAGCACGUAUCCUGAAGGACUCGUCGCAUAUACCGAGAUUCCGGAGUCAAACAGGUCGAUCGACUCCCUCAUAAUUUCUUCCUUCGAGUCGCGGUGAAUUUCUUGCGGGAUCGGCGCUUGUCGCGUUCUCCAAAAUCUCCAACGCGCUCGCGGUCCAGCUCUCCUCCUGAUCCAAAAGCCGUGCGGUAACGCUUCGUGGCAACUCUUCUUUCCCCGUGCGCGAAUGCCCACGUAAACGGUAGUAACCACGUAAGUUGCGCGGUGAGUGUGAGGUGAAGGUAACGGAAGACGCAAGGAAGAAGGAGAGACAUCAGAGAUAAAAUACCAAGAUGCCGUGCUCCGCGGUGACGCUGUCCCUCGCCACCAUAACCGGUAUCAUCGCCACUGCCCUUCUGGCGAUCGCCUUUUCCACGGACAACUGGCUCUAUACCGAGGUCAAGCGCGCCCAGAUCCAGCAAUACGCGAGCAAGCAUGCCGAGCAGAGCCACUUGGUGGAGCAAAUGAACAAGAAAUAUUAUUAUUACACGAGGACUCAGGGUCUAUUUAGGAUAUGUUAUCCCAAAGAAAGACCACCGACAGUCGAGACUUAUUUGAGCCCUGUGGAGACGCAUUGCAUGAAUAUCGACUAUUUUAUUCCCGAUGAAGAAAAUCAGACGAGAGAUUUUUCUGAGGACGCAAUAACACGACUACAUAUGGGAAGAUCUGUGAUAGCUCUAUUUAUGAUCGGCUUUCUCGCGAUAUUUUCGGCAUUCUGGACGGGAGUAGUCGGGUGUUGGAGAAGAUCACCAGGGAACAUUACGGCCACAGCGAUUCUGAUGUUAUUCGCCUGCCUGCUGAGUGCUGGUGGUAUGGGCUUGUGGCAUGGCGUCGAAUAUUAUGAAAAAGAGAAAAUCGUCGGGGAGGAAUAUUAUCAGAAAUGGAGCAACGUCCUGAAAGACAACUCGCUAAUCUCGUACGACUGGUCGUACGUGGUCGCUUGGGUCGGCGUCGGUUGGUCGUUGGUCAGCGCGAUCUUGUUUAGCGCCGCGGCGAUUUGCUUGAGGGGCGAGAGAAUGCGCGAGGAGGCGAUGAACAUGCAGUACCUCAUGCCUGUGUAUCCGCAGAAGCAGCAAUACGCGUACGCCGGAUAUCCGGCACCGGCGGCGUAUCCAGGACCAUAUUAUCACGGUUCCCAAUAUGGGCCCUACAACUACUGAAGGAAUUCCGCCGGUCGGUCGGCAUCAAAGGAAAGAAAGUAAUCCAGGCGCGCUCAUCGCCAGCAUCGAAAAAAUUCACUAUCAUGUCACUUAGGUCAAGGACGAAAAAUAUUCAAUAUAAAAUCUGAGAUCGAUCCGUGAUCGCGCCGCAGAGUGCAAAGGAUAUAUCGAUUCGAAGGGCUUUCGAUCUCAGGUGUAACUUGUCCCUAAUUAAAAAUUCUUGGCUCUCCGAAUGUUGCUCCGAAAUGAGGAUGUUGCCACGAUAUUCCCCAAAAUAAGCUCUUUUCUUCCCGCGAUAGUCCGAUCGUUUGGUUCAAUCUGACCGGAAGCAAGAACCCAAACAAGACGAAAGAUCAAAAGACGUUUGAGAGAAAGUUUCUAAAGAAAAUCUGAAAAAAUUCGGGAAUGCUCUUUGGAUUUUUUUACUCGCGUCUUUUAGACGUUCGUGUUGUCUGGGAAAUAUGACUUGCGCGAAACGGUUGCUCAAGAUCCACGCGUACUUAUAUUUAGGAGUGAGAGAUUAUUUUGUACUUUUUUCCAGUUCGAUAAGUAAGCGUAUCGAUUAUCCUUCACGCAUCUUUUCCGCGUGUGCUAAUCGCAAGGAAAUGAAUUUGCGCUCGCGAGAGAUAUGCGUUCGUUUUCAUCUGACCGGAUUGAUUUCACCAAGCUUUCUCGAAUUCUCAUUAACGAACGUUAGAUCGAUGAUUCAUCCAUCACGGGAACGGUUCCACAAGAAGAGAAGGUCUGACAGAAAACUCAUUCGAGCGCUCGUCACGAAUUUAAUGGGCGUUAAUCGCCUCGAGGAAACUUGAUAAAAACAGUCGCGAGUCUUAUAAUUGAAUUGAUUGAUCACGUCGAUCAAAUUCAGAUCUGCGAAACUUGACUCGCGUUUAUCUUUAUUUAUUUAACGCGACCGAAGCUCAAAUCUCUCUCGAAGAGAGGACACGGCCGUCGUCGAAUUGCGCGAGCAAAAUGGAAACGUUCGUAUGAACGCUUUCACUUCUUGGUAGUACCGCAUAUUAAAUAAAUAUAUCGACUCGACCAACGCAAGAAGAAAGAGAUUAAAUUGCGAUUUUGCGAGAAUAUUCAUUCGUAUCGCGAAUUUAAUUUAAAUCUUUCUAGUCUAACGGAACGAUAGAUUUUGGGAAGAUAUUAAAUAUUAAUGUUAAAGAUAUUAA